CAAAGAUACUCAGAGAGAAAAAGUAAAGGGCCGAAGAAGGAGACUGGAGACACCAGGAUCCUUCCAGCUGAACAAAGUCAGCCGCAAAGCAGACUAGCCAGCCGGCUACAAUCGGAGUCAGACUCCCAAAGACAUGGGCUUAUUAGAGUGCUGUGCGAGAUGUCUGGUAGGGGCCCCCUUUGCUUCUCUGGUGGCCACUGGAUUGUGUUUCUUUGGAGUGGCACUGUUCUGUGGCUGUGGACACGAGGCACUCACUGGUACAGAAAAGCUAAUUGAGACCUAUUUCUCCAAAAACUACCAGGACUAUGAAUAUCUCAUCAAUGUGAUUCAUGCCUUCCAGUAUGUCAUCUAUGGAACUGCCUCUUUCUUCUUCCUUUAUGGGGCCCUCCUGCUGGCUGAGGGCUUCUACACCACCGGCGCAGUCAGGCAGAUCUUUGGCGACUACAAGACCACCAUCUGCGGCAAGGGCCUGAGCGCAACGUUUGUGGGCAUCACCUAUGCCCUGACCGUUGUGUGGCUCCUGGUGUUUGCCUGCUCUGCUGUGCCUGUGUACAUUUACUUCAACACCUGGACCACCUGCCAGUCUAUUGCCUUCCCCAGCAAGACCUCUGCCAGUAUAGGCACUCUCUGUGCUGAUGCCAGAAUGUAUGGGGUUCUCCCAUGGAAUGCUUUCCCUGGCAAGGUUUGUGGCUCCAACCUUCUGUCCAUCUGCAAAACAGCUGAGUUCCAAAUGACCUUCCAUCUGUUUAUUGCUGCAUUUGUGGGAGCUGCAGCCACGCUCGUUUCCCUGCUCACCUUCAUGAUUGCUGCCACUUACAACUUUGCCGUCCUUAAACUCAUGGGCCGAGGCACCAAGUUCUGAUCUCCUGUAGAAAUCCCCCCUUUCUCUAAUAGCGAGGCUCUAACCACACAGCCUACAAUGCUGCGUCUCCCAUCUUAACUGCCUUUGCCGCUGACUGGCCCUUCUCUUGAUGAGUGUAACACGACAGGAGAGUCCGGCAGUGAUUAGUGUCUCUCAGUGGACUCUCCCCGCUUAUGUACCUCUUUUAGUCAUUUUGCUUCACAGCUGGUUCCUGCUAGAAAUGGGAAAUGCCCAGAAGGGACUCCCUGACUGCACGUCACACAGGAAAGGAGGCUCUCAUUCAGUUUCCAAGCAGCUCCUAAGGACCAGGAAGUGCUUUCUUCUCAAAGGGCACUGCCACUGGUGGACACCGAGAUGCUCAGGGAGAGAGAAGGAAUGCACUUGGUCCUCUUGUCAUCUAUAGGGGUCAAGUAUAUUCUCAUUCCUGUAGCCCUAUUACUACCGAAGAUAGAAGGUAAAAAAAAUUAUGGCAGCAAAACAAAAAGAGUGUUUGCCCAAAAUCUGCCUACUGCAGCUGGGAGAAGGGGGUCAAAGCAAGGAUCUUUCACCCAUAGAAAGAGAGCAGUGACCCCAAUGGCGAUGGACUACUUGAGCCCUAACUCAGCCAACCCUACUUAUAGCACAAGGGAGCGUAGUGUCUGUGUAGACGAAGGGGGCAUCUGGCCUUACACCUCGUUAGGGAAGAAAACAGGGUGUUAUCAUCAUUUCUCACUCCCUUCUCCUUGAUAACAGCUACCAUGACAACCCUGUGGUUUCCAAGGAGCUGAGAAUAGAAGGAAACUAGCAUACAGGAAAAGAGACUGGCCUAAGGAGCAGCAGUUGCUGGUGGUUAACAGUGUAACCCAAGAUAGCCCUCUGGUAGACACAGGACAGAUAACUCUUUGGAUAGCAUGUCUUUUCUGUUAAUUACUUGUGUACUCUGGCCUCUGUCAUAUCUUCACAAUGGUGCUCUUUUCAUGGGGUAUUAUUCAUUCAGUCAUAGUAGCGAAUUGGAAGAUCUUGAUUUGUUGCAGAUUGAGGCGCAUUUUGAAUUUGUCAAUUUGUUUAUCACUUGGUUAGGGUUGUAACAGAAAGGUCUGGAGAUUCUUUUUUUUUUUUAAAGGAAAUUUGGACAUUAUGUAUCACAAAUGAUAUUUAGAAUCAUCUAGUUCCAUGAAUCCGUUGGGAUUUUCUGCAAGUAUUGUGCCCUUUGCAGGAACAGAUUUGAUGAUUUUGAAUCUCAAUUUGAAUAGCCUAUUUGAUUGUUCUUUGUAGCUAAUGGGAGAUGAUUUUGCUUAGUGAUGUUAUCUUGGCAUGCUAAGAGUUAAGUUUAACAUAAAGUUAUUUUCUCCUAGUAUAGAUCACGUAACAUGAUACACCAGCUAUCCAGCUAUUCACUUGGCAAGACUCCACAGUAGAAGACAGGCAGAAAGAGUUUGAAAUGUGAAUAGCUCUUGCGUUUAAGUCUUUUCCUGCUUUUGUUAACUUUGAGUUUUAAAACAACCUGAUUGAUUUUUACUGGAGGAUUUUUUUUUACUGUGGCUUUUUUGUUGCAGAGUUCUGUUGUUCUCCCCACUCCCAAGUGUUUUUAGUGAUGUUUAAGGAGAUGUAAGAUCUUUACAAAAGACACCGGAUAUUUGUUUUCAGACUAGUGUACAAGAUAAGCUUCCAGGCUGCAUAGAGAGAGGAGAGGGAAAUGGUUUUGUAUGAAACCAAUCAAGAUCAAGGAAAGUGAAGUAGUCUAUACCUUGUGUUUUGUUUUGAUUUAAUAACGUAACAAAUAACCAACCUUUCCCUGAAAACCUCCCAUGCAUACAUACACACAUAUACACACACAAAGAGAGUUAAUCAACUGAAAGUGUUUCCUUCUUUUCUGAUAUAGAAUUGCAAUU